CUCGUAUACUGGGUCCUCCUGUAGUUGAUGACAUGCAGCCUUAGGGUUUCGUCGCAGAAAGUUUCGUCAUCAAAUAGAUACGCUUCGUCGUCGGGCUUUGGUUUCAUCUCCGUCUUGUCGAGUCUCCGGCAGGUCUCGCAGUAUCUGUCGGGGUAGUACGUCAGCGGAGGAUACUUUUCGUCAACAUCGGAGGAAGCCAUGGGGAAUGGGAUCGAUCGAUCGACGGCCGGUGGAUGGAAGGAUCCGGCCAAACGCGCGAUGGUGGUGGGUACUC